GAAUCGAGGAAACAAAGAGCUAUCGAUCGGAACCACCGUCGUUUUGAUUUAAUUCAAUUGGGAUUCUAUUUUUCCAUUUUCUAAGAUGUGAAAGCAAGACAGCUUGUCCUAGAACGUCUUAGCGCGACUUUUAAAUCCAAUUACACGAGAGAUCGAAACAACGCGACGAUCGAUAAUCUUGCUCCGUUUCGUCUGAUUGUGAAGCAAAGUCUUUCAAAAUUUUCGAAGCACGGAGAAGAUAUCAUUCACAAAUAAGCCAUUGACCAAGCUCACGUGAGUCCUGAAAUCUAAAAGAAGAAAAUGCACAAUCUCGUUGACAUGUUAUGCUGUACUAUCUCUGAAGAGGAAAAAAAUGCCGCUUAUAUAUAGUGAAGAAGCCUUAAAACUGUGUCAAAAUUAGUCUGCUAAAUUUCACUGCUGAUGAAGGCAACUGUCAUUUCAAACAUCCCGCCGGGAAAGUGUCAACAUAUUGACCAAUGCGUUAUUUGCUAUCAUCCACGCGAUUUCUACACUAACCUAUUACCUGUCUACACACAUAUGUAGUUGUUUACUAUCGAGUUUGGAAAUAGGGCAGGAAAUCGAAUCAUUAAGCACCAUUUGGCUUUGAGCAAUUGCGUAUCGGGCCAACUCUAGCUGCCCUAGAUGGUAGGUAGCCGAACGGACAACAAUGACAUUUUAUCGUUCGGCAGAUCGAUGUUUACCAGUGACGCUCGUUUCUUUCGACCUUCGUACUAACGUCACGUCUUCCUGUUUGAGAUUUAUUCGUCACCAUCUAUUCGUUCCUAAUCGUCUUUCGCUGCAAAAACUAUCGGCCAUGUGCAACAUGUAGUGAAAUACAGGUAUGUAGUAUCUACGUAUAUAUAUAGAUAUGUAUGUACAUAAGAAUGAUUUUUUUUCAUUGACACAUAUUUUUGGCAUUGCGGAGAGAAACAACGCGACGGGAUAGUCGGUUACGUACACACAUGGAGCAAUCUGGGUCAACGAUCGCUACUAUGUAUCGCUGUAUUUCCUUUCGUCCUACGAAACAAAAAGAAGGCUCGACCGCUAGUCCGAGCGUCAACGACCAAUCAGAAGAGGCUUUCCAUUCGGCAAACGCACGAACCACGCGCGGUUUCUUCGCCUUGACAAGAAUCGUGUUUACCAACGGUUACGCGUGUAACAUUCAACGUGCUCGUGCCGUGAGCAUGUAUAUUAUAUGUAUUGUGCCACGAGCAGCACAGUGUAUAUAUGCGAGUAUAUACUUAUGUACAUCGGCGAGUGUGUUCGAGCCACGAUAAAACGUGAGCGCAGUAUCGAGAGUCAAGAUUCUCCGGUCGCUGACUCAGUUUCACUCGAAUGCUCGAACGAAGCAGUUUGUUAGUAAAGCCUUUCGGCGCGUCGGUAAAGUCAUUUCUCUUCAUUUUCUUUGUUAUUUGAUUAAAUUGUACGCGCGCCAAACGACACGUUUUCCUAUCAUAUUUUGACGUUUGCCAGUAACACAGUGUGUGCGCUUCUCAAGCUUCUCUUUGCGAAAACGGAGCAUAUUUUCGAGUAGAUCCGUUGAGAGUAUUCAAAGGACGCGGCACACUCGGAUUCCCACGUGGUCACGUGACGUUUCAGCCUUAUUGACCGACGUGUAUCGGAAGUCGGAUUGGUCAACGCUGUGCACGUGACCUAUUCUAACGUCAAUUUCGACUACCGUCUGCUGGUAGUCGGCUGGAUAGAUUUCUCACCGAGCAAACGAGAGAGAACGAACGAUUUAACUUCGAAUCCAGUUAGUCCACGCGUGAGUGUAUUCUGUCAAAUAGAUACAUCGCUUCUCACCAGUUUUGAACGUGUCUCGACGCGCAUCGAUAAACUCGUUGUAGCUCUGCGACGGUCGAGGCAUUUGCCCGGCUUCGAAUCCUUGACAGUUCUCUCUCGUCUCGCAUUGGCGACGGAUUCUCGUUGAGAAUCGUUCGAUACUGAUCCGAAGCAAGAGUUCACGGUUAAAACCUUGUAACUGGUAGCGACGAGUAGUGCACAGGUCACGUCGACCCUGACAAAUGCCAUCGAGGAACGGCACGUCUCGAUGUGGUUAAGUCGUCGUCUCUUAAGCUCAACGUGUCCGAACUGGAUGCUCGUCUCCACGGAAGACGUUUGAACGACUGGAUACAGAACGACUGCCCGGGCUUCGCGGCGAUUUCCAACCUUCUUCUCGUCGCGGUCACCGCUUGAAAACGCGGACCGGUGAAAAUAUCUCGACGGAGACAUACAUUUCGGGACGUGAUUCGAGACGUGAUACGUUAGUGUAAGAUGUACAGUAUGAACUACAUUGGCAAGUUCAUAAGCAACUUUCGUGUUUUCUACAAUGAGAUCAACGCGGCGACGCUCACCGGUGCCAUCGACGUCAUCGUCGUCGAGCAACCGGAUGAAUCGUUCACCUGCUCGCCUUUCCACGUCCGCUUUGGGAAACUUGGUGUACUACGUUCCAGGGAAAAAAUAGUAGACAUAGAAAUAAAUGGAGAGCCUAGACAAAUCCAUAUGAAAUUAGGAGACUCUGGAGAAGCCUUUUUCGUGGAGGAAGUUAGUUCACACGGUUCUCCCACUGACACUGAAAUUCCACCUCAUCUGGCUUGCUCUCCCAUUCCCGAAGAUAAUUGUUUCCCAUCAGCUAGAUUCAAUAUACUUUCUGAUCUGCCGCCGGAGCAAAGAGACAAGAUUGUUAUAGAGUCCAUCUUGUCAGUUGAAAGAGAGAAAUGGGAACAAAUGUCGGCUUUACCAGUGGACGAAAGGGAGAAGUUCUUAAUUGAACAGUUCUCUGACCUUCCAUCAGAUCACCGUGCAAAGUGGCUUCAAAUUGCUGCUCUGACUUCAGAGGAGAGAGAGGAAAUGUUCAAAGAAAUAUUUGGUGAUAUUCCUACGGCACAGAGGCAACAAUUAAUUUGCGAGCAAUAUUCCGCUCUGAAGAGUGAGGAUAAAGAGAGAUUGUUCAAAGAAAAUUUUCCAGAACUUUCUGUUGAUCAAAGACAAAAGUUUGAAAAAGCUUUGCUGGGCAACUGGAAAGGAAAAAGCGGUGAAAAACAAGAUUGCUUGAAAAGUGAGGAAGAAAUUUUUGACAUGGAUGGCAUUAACGAUGACGAAACCUGUCCAACUACACCCAAGUCUUUUGUGGCUGUGACUUCGUCUGAAAGGAUUCGUAAAAUUAGCGUAGUAAACAAUGACUUUAGACCAAUCACGGAAGAUGUGCAAAGUAGUGGCAGGGAAAAGUCGAGUGACGAAUCGAAUGCGUCGACGAGUAAAAAGAAUUCAAAAGACGAAAGCAUCGAAGAAAAUAAGAGCAAUACCAAUUCAACUAAGAGGAAACGCAAGAGAAAAAGCAUUUUAAAAAAGAAAGGAUCUCAGAGAAAGGCUAGUAAUGGUAGUAGUAGUCAGACAGAGAUAAGUGAAAACGAUGCUCCUACAGAUGAAUCUGUAAGAACUCUUGGCGAAUCUUUGAAGGAUUCACAUCCAACUGUGGGGCAAGAAGGAAAAAAUGAACCUAUAAUUUCAACUCCGGAAACAACGGACAAACGCCCUGAAACAGACUUCCAUUUCUUCAGUGAUACCGAAGUUACAAAGAAUCAGGAUUCUAGGCCAUGUUCACCUGUUCAAUCUGACACAGAGUUUGAAAUGCGUAAAAUAACGCAAGAAGGCACUGAAAGAGAAGAAGAUAAAAGUCAUCAACAGAGUUGGAGAUGGGGCGAAUUGCCCAGUUUACCUCCAGAACCAGUGCAUGCACCUCACAGAAGUUCACUGGGUUCAUCGAGCGCUGUUACUCAACCAAAUAGUAACUAACUAUAUCAAUUGUUGUUUCAAUAACAGUGGAAGCACACCGAUCUAUGCUCAGUGGUAUGUUGUCGUUUAUGCGGAAAACUUCUCGUAUGAGACGUAAUCCAGAAUCAGAAGGGAUUUAUCUCAGUGAUCUUAACGCCGACGAACUGGACCCGGAAGUUGCAGCACUCUAUUUUCCUUCUUCUCACAGAAGCCAAGCGACAGUUAAAGAUGGGAAAGGAGUAGACGAAGAAGAUACCGAAUCAGGUAAUGGACCAAGUUUGCCACAAAGUCCUAACAGCGUUGAAGGAGCUAUUGGUGGACCAAAGUCAUUAGACAGUGAUUUUGAAGAACCGAAACAUUCUAUAUUUGACAGCAACAUGAAUAUUAGUUUAUCCUUAUGUGGUGGCUUAGAUUCUGAAACUGGUCCAUCCAAAGAAGUUUUCCAUCAAAAUUUACUGCAUUUCGAAGAUAUCUGCUCAGAUCCAAAAUUGUAUGAAAAUCCAAAUUUAGUUGUAAAAAUUAAUGGAAAAUUCUACAAUUGGUCUACUGCUUGUCCAAUUGUAAUGACUUAUGCUGUGUUCCAAAGACAUUUACCGCAAAAUACAAUCGAAAAUUUAUAUGCUCAAUGUAUGCCAUUACCAAUGCACGAAGAGAAGAAACAAGAAAGCAACGACAAACCUGAAAGCCGUAGUGGUUAUAGUUCGUGGUUUUCAUGGAGACGUUCUGCACAACCACCCAAAAAAUCUCAGGAACUUAGUCAGGCUGAUGGAUCUGUUGUACAAUUAUCGGAACAAAUGGAAACCAAAGAACAUACUCCAAUUGAUGAAACUGCAAAUAAAGAAUUAAAGAUUGAUCAGAACGUAGAAACUAUAGCGACAGUGAUGGAAACAGUGGAACAGUCUGCGAAAUUAACAAAAGACAUCGUCCAGACUAAGAAAAGUCGCGACAGAGACGGUGAAGGUUACAGCGGUAGUGAAGAUUCCGACAGUAAUCAGAACGAAUCCCAAGGAGUGAAGAUACCUAUAGAAAGAAGAUCAUAUUACGAAUCUACUGAAAAAUAUCGUAAAACUUUGAGAUUAUCAUCAGCACAGAUAGCAAGCCUUAAUUUAAAAGACGGAGCUAAUGAAGUAGUUUUUAGUGUAACUACAGCUUAUCAGGGUACAACACGUUGUAAGUGCCACAUUUACAAGUGGAAGUGGGACGACAAAAUUGUUAUCUCUGAUAUAGAUGGAACUAUCACAAAAUCUGAUGUAUUAGGCCAUAUUUUGCCAAUCGUUGGUAAAGAUUGGGCUCAAUCUGGUGUUGCUCAGCUAUUCACAAAAAUUAAAAAUAAUGGUUACAAAUUGCUAUAUCUUUCUGCAAGAGCCAUUGGACAAGCUAAAGUUACAAGAGAAUAUUUGAAAAGCAUUAGACAGGGAGAUCUGUCACUCCCUGACGGACCACUGCUUUUAAAUCCAACGAGCUUAAUUUCAGCAUUCCAUCGUGAAGUUAUAGAAAGAAAACCCGAAGAAUUUAAAAUAUCCUGCCUUAGUGACAUCCAAGCUUUAUUCCCGGAAGGUUCAAGACCUUUCUAUGCUGGUUACGGAAAUCGAAUUAAUGAUGUUUGGGCGUAUCGAGCUGUCGGAAUUCCGACAAUGCGUAUAUUUACUAUAAACCAUAGAGGUGAAUUAAAACAUGAACUAACGCAAACAUUCCAAUCUUCGUCGGAUAUUUCUAUGCUUGCAGUUACGCAUGUCAGUGCAAUAUCAUCAAUGAUUUGUUCCCGCCACUGCCCAUGUGAAACACCUACUGAUGGCGGCACAACCAUAGCUAUACUCAAACAUGAGCUUUAUCGUCGAUCAUCUUUUCCCAGCCUGGAGAGAGGAUGCUGCGGAUGAAUUUAGUAAUUUUGCGUAUUGGCGAGACCCAAUACCGGAAGUACCAUCGCUCGAAGAACUUUAUGCUCAAAGACAGAUCAUCUAAGUGAAAAUACUUUAUAAUUUUUACUCCAAACAAGAAACGGAUAUACUUUAUUUAUAAUUCGAUUCUACUGAUCAUCUUUUAUAUCUCGUAUGUUGAGUAUGACACAUUCAGACGUAGGAUUCUUGGACUUUCAAAUCGAUGAGACUCUAAAGUAGGUUUAUACCAUGAUUGUAGGCUGUAAUAAUUAAAUUUCUAUCGAUUAUCGAUCGCAAGAUCUUAAACAACAUUAAAUGCGCAUAAAAAUAACUUAUCAUCAAUAUAAACGAUGCAUAAAUUAGAAUGUAAGAAGAGUAAUCUGUGUUUCACAAUCAAAUUUAAUCACAUUCCAAUUCUCAUAGAAUAAUAGGAUUCUUUUUUUCACUUUCCAAUAACAUUAAAAAUUAGUUUUCAGUGUAAUUUAUAAUUAUAAAUUAUAAUUAUACUCAGAGAAUAGAGCACGAUACCAGUGCCUCUUAUAUAACAAUUAAAGGACUCAUCGUAUCAUUAUAUGCUUCAAGAGUUCAAAGAAAAUCGCUUACUAACUCUGUGCUUAAGAUAAUCCGUAAAUUUUUUCACUUAUACAUUAUGUUGUUGAUCUGUAAUCAACAGCGUGUAUACAAUACCGAUGAGUAAUACAGUGAUAAACAUGCGUAUAAAAUGAUUCAUUGAUGCGUUUACAGACAAUAUAUAUGUUAAAAAAGUUUGUUUAUUAUUAACAAAAAAUAGUAUACGUGUGCUUUACAACUAGUUCUUUUUUUUAACAUUAUAUUUUGUUCCAUUUCAUAACAAAUUUCUGAUGCUUAGAAUCAUUUGAUCAUAUAUAAAAGUCUAUUGUAUUAUAAUUUAGAUAUUUAUAUAUUACUUUAGCAGAUAUAUUUAUCGUUAAAGAAAUCCUUAUUUAUUUUUAUAUAAGAUCUCUGUUAAAUUAGUGUGCUGUGAAGUUGCCAUAUUUUAGAAUGUAAUCAUUUGUGUAUUGUGAUAUAAUUCGAACAAAUUACUAACGAGGUCAGGACGAUAACAGUGUAUAAAAGCAAAUUUAUUAUUUACACUAAUAAUGAAGAAACGUUUCUAUAUGUAGUUUCCUAUAUGAAGUUACUAUUAUUCCAAACUAUGUUCCAUUUUGUAGCGCAGGCGCACCGUUGAAUUUUUUUUCUUUUUCUUUUUUCUU